UCUGCUGACCUUCAGCCCAGGGUCAGAGGUCACGGGCCAACCCGCCCAUGUGGCUCUGAUGACUCCUACCGUGACCACACCUCCUUGGCUCCUCCUCAAAGCGCUGCUCUGAUUGGAUGUGUCCUGUCGGCUCCUCCCCCUCCCCGGCGUGGGAACCAUAAGCCAAACAUUAAGACAUCUUUAUUAAACAUCCAUGGUUGAUAAGGACGCUAUUAUUCACAAAGGUUUUGACGAGUGCUACUUUGAGAUAAACGUUGUUUGUCACACAGCUGGAGCGUUUACUAUGUCAUCGGUGAAGUUUGAGAGCUUCGGAGUGAAGACGGCGACGGAGGACGAAGAGGAGGAACAAGAGGCCCUUGUCAAACUCAGGACAUUUCAGAGGGGCCGGCCCACGCUACUGGGAGCGGUUCAGAUCGUGAUCGGGGUCAUCGUGAUGGUGAAGGUGGGGGCCAUGUUCUUCAUCGACGUGCACUUCCAGAUCUACUCUACCUCGUACUGGGGCUUCCUCUUUUUCAUCACGGCUGGCUCCAUGGCCAUCUCCACCAACAGGAAGCUGAGCAUUGCCAAGAUGAAGGGCACGCUGUGGACCAACGGGCUGGCUGCGCUGGUGGCGGCCGGUGGGGCCGGGCUUCACUUCUACGUAGGAUUCACGUACCCUUCCUGUCACACCAACGACGUCUGCUUCUAUCUGGGCCUCAGUGAGAUGGCUCUGGUGGGUCUUCAUGGGCUGGAGCUCGUGGUGGCUCUCCUGGUCGUGUUCUUCGCUCACAGAGCCCUGAGCUCCUCACCUUGAGAGGGACGACGGAUGAGCAACUUCCAGCCCAAGAUUUCAAACAAGAAGCACUAAUUUGUUUACAUUUCGUAAGUUUUGAGAAUGCUAAGACUCUGACACACACAGGUAACAUUUUUUACAGACAUGAUAUAGUCUGUCUCUCAUCAGUGUUCAUAUCGUUGAGGUAUUUUAAAAGAUAUGUACUGUGUCUAAGACUAUUUAACUUCCUAUCUAUCUAUUUUUUAUAAAUACUUUCAAAAUAAGUGUGUGUGUUUUUUCACAGGGUUCUAUUUAUCUGUCAAAAUAAUUGUUAUUUGUAUUUAAUUCAUCCGAUAUUAACAUUUAUUUUAUAUAAUCACAAAACUAUAAUAUUGAGUUGGUGACAAUAUUUUAGCCUGAAAUAUAUAUAUACAGUAUCUCUUGUACAUUUGACCAUUUUCAUUGCAUUAAUUUUACACUUUGCAUUAUUUGUAUAGUUAUCCCUAAUAAAAAAAAUAUGCCCUG